CCCUGCCUCUAGGCCCUAUGAGAAAAAGGGAAAGCUAAGGAUGCUGGAGCAGAACAAUGGAUUUCUCUUUCUCUUUCAUGCAAGGGAUCAUGGGAAACACAAUUCAGCAACCACCUCAACUCAUUGACUCCGCCAACAUCCGCCAAGAGGAGGCCUUUGAUGGCAGCAGUGACAUUGCUGAGGAUGGGGGCCGGACACCGUACGAGGCUGCGCUGCAGCAAGGCUUCCAGUACCCCACGCCCACGGCAGAGGAGCUGCCCCCGCUCACCAACGGCUACCCCCCGGCCAUCAGCAUGUACGAGCCCCAAGCCAAGUACCAGACGUACACUCAGUAUCCCAAUGGGUCGGCCAAUGGCUUUGGGACAGUCAGGAACUUCAGUCCCCCGGAGUAUUACCCCAUGGAGAACUCCAAUGCGAGGCCGCAUGACGUUCUGGAAAAACCUUCCCCUCCCCAGCUGCCACCUCCACCACCACCUUCAGCUCCACAAGUGGGGAUUCCAAAGAAGACUGGCUCACCAGAGAUCAAACUCAAAAUAACCAAAACUAUCCAGAAUGGCAGGGAAUUGUUUGAGUCCUCCCUGUGUGGGGACCUGUUGAAUGAAGUCCAAGCGAGGGAGUAUGCUAAGGCAAAACAUGAAGGGAGGAAAGAGAAAAGGAAAAAAAGUAGCAAGCAUGACUCUUCCCGAUCGGAAGAGCGCAAGUCACAUAAAAUUCCAAAAUUAGAACCAGAGGAGCAAAAUAGACCAAAUGAGAGGCUUAGCACACUCUCUGAGAAACCAAGAGAAGAUGCAGUGUUGGAAGAAGCCCCGGUGCAGCAGCUCGUGCCGUCCCUUCCAGUGCAGGUCACCCACGACGUCAAGUUCCAGGUUGGGGAUCUGGUUUGGUCCAAGGUGGGGACGUACCCGUGGUGGCCUUGCAUGGUGUCGUGUGAUCCGCAGCUUGACGUGCAUACCAAAAUUAAUACAAGAGGUGCCCGGGAAUACCACGUGCAGUUCUUCAGCAACCAGCCAGAGCGGGCCUGGGUGCACGAGAAGCGCGUCCGGGAGUACCAAGGGCACAAACAGUACGAGCAGUUACUGGCUGAGGCAGCCAAGCAAGCCAGCAACCACUCUGAGAAACAGAAGAUUCGCAAGCCCCGGCCACAGAGGGAGCGAGCGCAGUGGGACAUUGGCAUUGCCCACGCCGAGAAGGCGCUGAAAAUGACCCGGGAAGAGAGGAUAGAACAGUACACCUUCAUUUACGUAGACCAAGAGCCAGAGGAGGCUUUGGCCAAGGCCAAAAAGACUGCUGCUUCCAAAUCAGAGGCCAGGAAGAACCGGCGGCCGAGGCCAGCGCCGAGCACGCAGCCGGAGCACACCGGCGGCGCGGCAGGGUCAUCGCCCCCGCACGUUGAGGCGCGCAGGCUGGGCCAGCGCCGGCAGCCCAGCCUGGAGGAGGAGGAGGCACCACCUGUGAAAAUCGCCUGGAAAACAGCUGCAGCUAGGAAGUCCCUACCAGCUUCCAUAACCAUGCACAACCUGGAUCUGCAAAAGUGUAACAUGUCUCCAGUUGUUAAAAUUGAACAGGUUUUUGCCCUUCAGAAUGCUGCUGGGGAUGGAAAACUCAUCGACCAAUUUGUUUAUUCCACCAAGGGAGUUGGUAACAAAACAGAAAUAAGCGUCAAAGGACAAGAGAAACUUAAUUCUUCAUCAGCUCAGAGAAGUGAAAAAGCAGUGGUGCAAAACACAUCCUCUCCUGAGACGACUUCUGGGGCAGCAGGUUCUGUAGAAAAGAAGCAACAGAGAAGAUCGAUUCGAACCCGCUCUGAGUCUGAGAAAUCUGCCGAAGUUGUGCCAAAGAAGAAGAUCAAAAAGGAGCAGGUUGAAACUGUCCCACUGGCAGCAGUGAAGACGGGGUUGCAGAAAGGUGCCAGUGAGAUUUCAGACUCCUGUAAACCCUUAAAGAAGAGAAGUCGUGCCUCCACAGACAUGGAACUGACCAGCUCAGCCUACAGGGACACGUCUGACUCUGAUUCCAGAGGACUCAAUGAUUUACAGGGCAGUUUUGGGAAGCGUUCAGACAGUCCCUCGGCCACUGCUGAUGCCGAUGCCUCGGAUGUGCAGUCAGUGGACUCCAGCUUAUCCAGGAGAGGAACUGGAACAAGUAAAAAGGACACUGUUUGUCAGAUCUGCGAGAGCUCCGGCGAGUCACUGCUGGCCUGCGAGGGGGAGUGCUGCAGCAUGUUCCACCUAGAGUGUCUCGGCCUGAAGGCCACGCCCGAGGAAAAGUUCAUCUGCACUGAGUGUAAGAAUGGAGAGCACACGUGCUUUUCCUGCAAGCUCCCUGGCAAGGACGUGAAGCGCUGCUCUGUCAGCACCUGCGGGAAGUUCUACCACGAGGCCUGUGUGCGCAAGUUUGCCACGGCCCUGUUCGAGUCGCGGGGCUUCCGCUGCCCGCAGCACUGCUGCACUGCCUGCUCCAUGGACAGGGACAUGCACAAAGCCAGCAAAGGUCGCAUGGCGAGAUGUCUGCGUUGCCCCGUUGCCUAUCACUCAGGAGAUGGCUGCAUCGCUGCAGGAAGCUUGUUUGUGUCAUCCCAUAUCCUCAUCUGUAGUAACCAUUCCAAAAGGACUCACUCCUCAUCAGCUGUAAAUGUAGGCUUUUGUUUCGUUUGUGCAAGAGGGCUGGUAGUGCAGGACCAUUCAGACCCCCUGUUCAGUUCCUAUGCCUAUAAGUCCCACUAUCUACUGAAUGAGUCAAAUCGUGCUGAGUUGAUGAAAUUACCUAUGAUUCCUCCUCCUUCGUCAGCUUCCAAAAAGAAAUGUGAGAAAGGUGGCAAACUGUUGUGCUGUGAGUCCUGCCCAGCUUCCUUCCACCCCGAGUGUCUCAGCAUAGAAAUGCCUGAGGGAUGCUGGAAUUGCAAUGACUGUAAAGCUGGCAAGAAGCUGCGGUACAAGCAGAUCGUUUGGGUCAAGCUUGGGAAUUACAGGUGGUGGCCAGCAGAGAUCUGCAAUCCCAGGUCUGUGCCUCUCAACAUACAGGGCCUCAAACAUGAUAUCGGGGACUUCCCAGUAUUUUUCUUUGGUUCACAUGACUACUAUUGGGUACACCAGGGCAGAGUUUUCCCUUAUGUUGAAGGAGAUAAAAGCUUUGCUGAGGGGCAAACUAGUAUUAACAAGACCUUCAAGAAAGCACUUGAAGAAGCAGCAAAGCGUUUCCAGGAACUGAAAGCACAAAGAGAAAGCAAAGAGGCAUUGGAAAUUGAAAGGAAUUCAAGGAAACCUCCACCCUAUAAACACAUUAAAUCCAACAAGGUGAUUGGGAAGGUUCAGAUCCAGGUGGCCGACCUGUCGGAGAUUCCACGCUGUAACUGCAAGCCGUCGGACGAGAACCCGUGCGGGCUGGAGUCGGAGUGCCUCAACAGGAUGCUGCAGUACGAGUGCCACCCGCAGGUGUGCCCGGCUGGGGAGCGCUGCCAGAACCAGUGCUUCACCAAGAGGCUCUACCCCGACGCCGAGAUCAUCAAAACCGAGCGCCGCGGCUGGGGCCUCCGCACAAAAAGGAGCAUUAAAAAGGGUGAAUUUGUGAAUGAGUAUGUUGGGGAGCUGAUUGAUGAGGAGGAGUGCCGGCUGCGGAUCAAACGAGCUCACGAGAACAGUGUCACCAAUUUUUAUAUGCUAACUGUAACCAAGGACCGAAUAAUAGAUGCUGGCCCAAAGGGGAACUACUCUCGUUUUAUGAACCACAGUUGUAACCCAAACUGUGAAACACAGAAGUGGACAGUGAAUGGUGACAUUAGAGUUGGACUGUUUGCUCUUUGUGACAUUCCUGCAGGAAUGGAGUUAACAUUCAAUUACAACCUGGAUUGCCUGGGAAAUGGCAGGACCGAGUGUCACUGUGGAGCAGAAAACUGCAGCGGCUUCCUGGGAGUGCGUCCCAAGACAGCAUUUGCAACGGCAAAUGAAGAAAAGGUGAAAAAUGCAAAAUUAAAGCAAAAGAAACGGAAAAUAAAAACAGAACAGAAGCAGAUGCAUGAAGAUAACUGUUUCCAGUGUGGAGAUGGGGGAGAACUGGUCAUGUGUGAUAAGAAGGACUGUCCCAAAGCAUACCACCUCCUAUGCCUUAACCUGACUCAACCACCUUUUGGAAAGUGGGAAUGUCCGUGGCACCAGUGUGACAUCUGUAGCAAUCCUGCCGUGUCCUUCUGUGAGUUCUGCCCCCAUUCCUUCUGUAAGGAUCACGAGAAGGGAGCGCUGGUGCCGUCGGCGCUGGACAGCCGCCUCUGCUGUUCCGCACACGACCCCAAAUCUCCUGUGGCACCCGAGUACUGGAGCAAGAUCAAGUGCAAAUUGGAAGCACAGAAUGCUGUGGAAGAGGCAAAGGAGUGAAUUUGGUUAAAAACAAACACGGGAGGGGAGAAGAGGGGCAACAGGCGAUGAACUCAGAUUGCAAUGCCACACUUGUCCUUGGAGCCAGCACGUGUGAGCUGGAAUGGGACCAUUGACCUGAGGGAGAAGGACCAGGCAGUAGUGUUUGGUUUUUGUUUGGUCUUUCUUUUACCCUUGAAUGUGCUACAGCAGCUCUUACUGUUGGAAACAAGGAGCGUCUUGGCCUUUGAAGAAAACCGUAAACCUUUUGACAGUGAAAAGAAUAUUCUGUUUAAAAUAAUGUUCUUUGGGUGUAGAAAGCAAAACAUAGCCACAUAUUUAUUUAUUUAAUUUUGAAAGGGUUUUGAAGAUCUGGCUUUGAUCAGUCAUCGUGUCUUUAAAAACAAAACAGCGAAGCCAACGUAACUUUUGUGUCUAGUUUAUGGAAAGAGCAAAGCCUCUCCCCUCUGUAACACUGAGAUGCCAAACAGACAGGUGUGGGUGUCAGACCAGGUGGCUCUGAAAUGCCUCUGUUCCAGUACUUACUGUUAAAGGCAUUGGAGAAGGUAGGUUGUCUCUCAUGUUUACUUACCAAUAUUAUUGUGAAGCUUUUCCUGUGAGAAAUCAGGUGUGUGACUUCUGGGAAGUGCAUAUAACACAAGGUCUGGCAGUGGGGAAAAACGGUGGCUCCUCGCUCCAGAGCUGCCUUGGGUUUUUGCAGACGCAUGCAGAAAUUCAGAGUUUACUUGCACAGUGGUCAUUCCUUUAUCCCACCUAUUCUGAAAGCCCAUCUCAAGCAGGAGAGGCUCCCAGCCUCAGUCACAGCUGAAGUCAGUCCUGCCAGUGGGUUCAUCAUCUGCCACAUCUGCGCUGCUUUGGUGGCAGUUACUGGGUGUGAUUCUUCAGUCCUGCCUUCUCAGGCUGCCCUUGGCUUCAGGGGGACGUGGGCACGAGAGGGACCUGACCCAUGUCCACGUUGGUUUCGAUGGAAUGUUAAGAUUUUCUUGCUGAGAGAGAGCUUCUAACUUUAAUCUUCAUUGUUAAUGGAGCUGAGGAACAUCUUGGCACUUCCUCAGUGAACAGGGUAUUUUGUGUCUGGGUAAGGGGCCAUAUCCCAGCAGCCAGCUGAUACCUCAGGAGUGGUUCUGUCUUGGAUUUCCUCUGUUAAUCAGAGAGACAGACUCCUUCAGUGAGGCUUUCAAAGUGGCUUAUGUUGGCUCUCGCUCCAGAAUUUUUUUAGGAAAUCUAUAUUGUUCCAUUUCUUUUGUGCAAGGAGCCACAGGGCACUGGUGUCCUCAGGCUGGAGCUAGUUUUGGUGACUCUUCCCCCCAGCCCAUGAUCUUACCAAGCACUGUGUCUCCCCUCCUGCCCUGGUAUAGCGAGUACUUCUGACUUGUGUACUGCUAGUAGCUACUCCCUGCCAGCCUUUGCUCCUGGGUACUGAAAAUAAUUGAGUGUUGGUGGCAUCUGGCUGAACUGAGCCUUGGAAUUAAGAACCUUGUCUCUAGAAAACUGCUUACAGAAACCUGUGGGAACACAGAAACUUCUCAGAUCUAGAAAAUAGGCUGAAAAAGUCUCUGUGGAAUUCAAAAAUGUCUUGCCUCUGCCUGGUGUCCUCAUCCUCAAAUUGAUGUAAAGGUGGAGCUUUUUGUGUGUGCAAUGGUAGAGUGAUACACUACAGUCCCUGAGCAGCUGCUGUGCUGUGGGCUCUGCCCAGAGCUCCUGCCCACACCUCUCUUGGGGUGACAGAACCCACAGGUGUCCGGGGCACUCCUGGGGCAGCAGCUCUUGGGAUCCCUAAAGCACUUCCUGCUGUGGGCCACGCUCCAGUAGGGUCCAACACUAACCCUGCUGGAAAGCAGUGCUGGAUUUUGGUA